AUGUGCACCUUAGAAAAGAAAGGCAACAUUUUCAUCCUAACACUAACCGGAAACAACGAUCACCUUCUCAACCCCACGCUUCUCAACUCCAUCAAAUCCGCCCUCCACCGCGUCCGUCAAGAAGCCACCGUCUCCUCCGCUCUCAUAACAACCGCACACGGCAAAUUCUUUUGCAACGGCUACGAUAUCGACUGGGCACAAUCCAUCACCGACCGCAUAAUCCUCAUCGACGAUUUACUCCGUUCCGUCAUCUCCGAACUCCUCACUCUUCCCAUGCCUACCAUCGCCGCCGUCACCGGUCACGCUUCCGCCGCCGGUUACAUCCUCGCGCUCGCUCACGACUACGUCUUGAUGCGAUCCGAUAGAGGUUUUCUCUACAUGAGUGAGCUUGAUAUCGAUCAUGUUCUUCCUGCUUACUUUAUCGCCAUCGUUGAGGCUAAAGUUGGUAACGCGGCGGCUCGUCGGAGGAUUGUGAUGCAGGCGGAGAAGUUACCGGCUAAGGAGGCGGUGAGGCUGGGUAUUGUCGACUCGGCGCAUGAUAGCGCUGAGGAGACGGUUAAGGCGGCGGUUAGUUUGGGCGGGGAUUUGGUGAAGCGGGGAUGGAAUGGACACGUGUAUGCUGAUAAUAGGAAGAAGUUUUUGAGUCACGUGAUUCGGGCUGUUGAAAAUAAAAGUGAGAGAGCCAUUGAGUCAAAGCUAUAG